CACACAACAAAACAAAACAAGAAACUCAAAAACAACACAAAACGAUGUCGUUGGUAUCAGAAGAAAUGAAAUCGAAAUCAGAGGUUUACCAUGGUGACCAAAUCUGUCAAGCGAAAUCAAAAGAACUUCUGAGAGAAAUUGUUCUUCCAAAUGGUCUUUUACCAUUGAAAGACAUCAUUGAAGUUGGUUACAACAGAGAAACAGGUUUUGUUUGGUUGAAACAGAAAAAAGCAAUAACACACAAGUUUGAGAAAAUUGGUAAACUUGUUUCAUAUGCUACUGAAGUUACUGCACAAGUUGAAAAAGGUAAGAUUAAGAAACUUAAUGGUGUUAAAACAAAAGAGCUUUUGAUUUGGAUCACACUUAGUGAUAUUUAUGUUGAUGAUCCACCAACUGGUAAAAUCACUUUUAAAACACCUGCUGGACUUUCUAGAACUUUUCCUGUUUCUGCUUUUGAGGUUGAAGAAGACAAAUCAAGUGUUGUUGUUAAGGAAACUAACAACAAAGUUAAUGAAACUGUUGCUGCUGCUGCUGCUGGUGGUGUCAAAGAGGUCUAAUUCUAGAUCUGUCUAUUUUGUCACCAAUUUGUUGUUGCUGCUAUUGAAUUAUCAAUUAAUAAAUUUUAAUGUUACUUUUAUUUAGGGGUGGGGAGUUUUAAAGAUUAUUAUCAAUUGAAGUGGUGUAUUAAUCAUCCUUGAUCUUUUGUUCUUAUCCGAUUAAAAAUGAAAUGAAAUUAAUUAUUUUAAA